AUGCCAUCAUUUCGACUGCAGGGAUUCCAAUCCGUGAUUCGCGGCAACUCCCACCUGCUGCGUUAUCAGCAGCGCAGGUGGGCGCAGGUCCACGAUGUCCGCUUCCUCGCCUCACACCACGAUCCCAAGUAUGUCUUGGACAAGUACCGGUCCAAGCUGGACCAAAAGGCCAAGGAAGAGGGACAUGAGUCGAUUGAGUCCUUGAAGGAAGCCUAUGACAAAAAAAUCCAAGAACUCCGCCGCAAAGCAUCCACCCCAGUUACCCCAGAGCCCGAAACUCCUACAUCCACCACCGCGGUCCCAGGCACAACCCCAGCAUUCCACCCGCCCCCUCCCCCACAGGAAUCGCGCACUGCCCAGGUCGCACGUAAAGUGUCCGGCGACUCCAGCCCCGUCAAGCCCCUCAGCACCUACCUGGACGUUGAGAAGAUCCGCGAGCUCCCAGCAAAGGAGAUCGAAGCGCUCUGGCGUCUCCGUUUCGCGGGUAACCCAAACGCCAUCACCGCCGCGAUUCCCCUCGACACAUACAAGCGCAUGAUUCAGUCCGCACGCGAGAACCCGCAGUUCAUCCUGCCCCUCCCGCGCCCGCAGACCGCCGAAGAGGCAGAGCAAACGCCCGAGGGUGUCACUGGCACCGCUGCCGAUAUCCACUUCCUCCAGUGGGCUUUCCACCCACCGGCUGAGGGAUCGACUCUGUCUCCUUCAAAUAACCACACCUCUACUGUGAUCUUCACGAAUCUGGGUGUUUAUAAGAUGCACGGCGCGUUCGCGCAGCCUCAUACUACUGUUACUCACCACCUUGAUCUGGCGGAUGAGAAGGGUCUAGUUCUCAUGCAUGGCCAGAUUAUUCCCGAGGGUGGUGUUUCGGCCGCCGAGGCGACUUGGCUUGUUAGCUGUGUGCAGCGCUUCUACGACUUCGAGGGAUUGGCUUCUGGUCGUAAGAGUGAGCUUGUUCGCAUGUUCACCCGGGGUGAUGUUGAGAACUUCAAGGUCGAGGAACUGUUGGUAGAGGCUGAGAAGCUUCCAUAG